GAUAAAUAAGAUAUAGAUGAUCUGAUUGAUCACAUGUGGAGUCACACUGGAGAGAAGCAUUUCCCAAAGAGUGAAAAGUGCUUCACAAUCAAAACAAGCCAGAAUGAACUCAAGGCAAUCUCUCUUGGCUAAUCAGAUCUCUCAGAGAUGUUCAAUAUGGUUUAGGUCUGGGCUCUGGCGAGGCCACUCCAGCUCAUUGGCUGGGAGAAAUGCAUUGAUUCUUUGAUGUAUGGUGAUUAUUUCUGUAUUCAUUCAGAGUUGAUUCUGUUUUUAAAUUAGAUUGCGAUGGUGCAUGUCUGGUGUGUGCAAGAUAGAAGCAGAAAAAGCAUCGGCAGUGGACAAGGGAAUUGAUUUGCUCUUUAUGUUGGUGGUGAGAACCUAAUUUAACUCCACCCCAUCUUCAAAUGUAAAGUAUUAACACAGCUGAAGACAUAGGAAAGCAAUGUAGGUCUAUAAUCAUUUUGGAAUUGGAUCCUGAAGCAUCGAAAGAUCCAAACUGCUCAUUUUCCAUAAUCAAUGCUCAUAUGUUGUGUUAUGUAAGGAAUAAUUGACAUGCAGUGGAGUUAUUGCAUUAAAGCUUAGCUCAUGUGGUCACGAUAUGAAGUGGGUAAGCAUUUCCAACUUACUGGAGUACAUUAUUCUGCCUAUUUUGUGUUUUUGCCAGAUUCAUGUCAAACUCAAAACACAACAAAAUGUUUAUUAACGGAUAUUUUUACAGUGCAGUUGUGACAAUUACAAUCAAAACUGUUGAAUCUGAUACAUAUGAGUCAGUAUUUGUGUGAUCAAAUGUUUAAAUUAUUAUAUUAAAUGCUUAAAUUAGUUUAAUAUGCUUUACGGUCAUCUUAAAAGCCUAAAUGGACACUAUUUUAAAGAAAUCAGUAUAAUAUGAGAUUUUGAUUAACAACAUUUACUGAUUAUUAUCAGUGAUUAUUUUUCAGGAAUGUCUUAUUAAUGGUUCAAAAUAACCAAAGUUCAAAAUAACAUUUUCAGUAACAAAUUAAGAGCUCAAUAAAUUAACAUAUUCAGAGAAACUGAAUUUUGAAGAAACACAGUACUCAAAAUCUAUUUGGGAAUGUUAUACGCUUUGCUAUAUUCAAGGAUUAAUGUAAACUAUUUAAAAAUCAUUUAAUACAACUGAUUGGCUCACUUCAGUAGGUGGCGCUAAUGUUGUAAAACUGUGUUUACAACCGACUCUAAUACUCCAGCAGAAGAAGAGGAUUCAGCUUUAGUGUGUUUCUCUUUAAUAUUCUGCUCAGUAAUAGUGUAAAACAGCAGAUAUUAAACUCAAACUGACUCUGGAUCUGUUCAGUAAACACGCAUCUACUGUCCAGCGGGAAAGAGCGCGAAUCCAGUCAGAAAGAGCGCGAAUAUUCCUGCCCUGCUGAAGAAGACGGAGACUCUUUUCCUCUCAGCGCCAAAUCAGUGUGUUUAGUUAUUAAAUGAUGUCUUCAGCACACACUGCUGUCAAGACUGAGUUUAUAAAAGAGGAGAGUGAAGAAGUGCGGAUUCCUGAGCCGUGUGGAGAUGAAGAAGAAGAAGCCUCAACCCUGAAGAAGGAAGAGCCGGAGGAACACACAGACCAGAUCAAGAUGAAGGACGAAACUCAGGUCAAAGAUGAGCAAAGUGAGAUCGGGGUGAAGGAGCAAGCUAAAGAACAGAAUGAGGACGAGGACUACGAGCAGCCUCAGUAUUUAAGCUGCUCGAGAAUCGGCACCAGCUUUACUCAGAAAAGAGCUCGACGAGGAAAAGGCUUUUUCUUCUCCUGCCUCGAGUGCCAGAUGAGCUUCGAGUCUAAGGAGCACCUGAUGGAGCACUUCAGGGUCCACACUGGAGAAAGCUCCACGCAAGCAUCGGAGAACAGCGCGGAGAGAGCUGUAGUGUUCUUCUGUCAUCAGUGUCUCAGGAGCUUCACCCGUAAAGAACAUCUGCUGGAGCACUACAGAAUACACAAGCUGGAGAAACCCUUCCAGUGUGAGGAGUGCGGGAAGCGGUUCCUUCACAAACACAACCUCACGAAUCACGCCAAACUGCACUCCGGCUUCACUCCGCACGUGUGCCAGCUCUGCGGGGUGAGUUAUAUUAAUAAAGACAGCCUUUUUGAUCACAUGAGGAUUCACGAAGGAGAUAAACCGUAUCAGUGUGAGGAGUGCGGGAAGAGCUACAGUCAGAAGCGCAGCCUCAAGAAUCACUUAAAGUUUCACACUGGACUGAAGCCGUUUGUGUGCCAGCAGUGUGGACGCAGUUACCUGGAUGAAGACAGUCUGACUGGACACAUGUGGACCCACACCGGAGAGAAGCCUUUCCCAUGCCUGAGGUGUGGAAAGAGAUUCCUGAAUAAAGGAAGUCUUGAUCAGCACAUGAAGAUCCACAGCGAACUCGAGCCCAUCUCCUGGUUCUCCUCAUAGUGGUUGGUGCUGGUGAAUGGCAGUGGCUCUCGAGUGUACAAAUGUUUACAUUUCAGUACUGUAAGAUUAGUCUGCAUUGCACUCUUUAAAACAUCUCUGCAGUAAGUCAAGGAAAGAGAGUUUUUAGAAUGGAACAAUGCCAUCCGAUAUUUACGCUGAGCUGGUCACAUGACUAUAACUGCAUCAUUUUUGAAAAUUCUCAAUUUUUGCUGAAUUGUUUAAUUUAAUUUCUUGACCGUUUUCUAGAUACAUCUUGUUUUGAUGUGGACAAAAUGAAGAGGGAAAAUAUACAUUUUAAACUGAAACA